GACAUCUCCUAGCACCUCAGUUUUGCCUGUGUUGCACCCCCCCAUCCCCACAUUAACUCUCAUACAAUCCCCUAACAAUGGUUCUCGCCGAUCUAGGGAAGCGCAUUACAAGCGCGGUUUCCGACCUUGCUCGAUCUAAUCUUGUCGAUGAGAAGGUUUGAGCCUCUGGUUCUGCGCGCCACCGGAGGAGGAGGGCACUGCUAAUAGCGGUUGUCUAGGUUUUCGAUGGGAUGCUCAAGGAGAUUUGCUCAGCCUUGAUAGAAGCUGAUGUAUGGGGCUCCGUUACCACUCGAUAGCUAGCGGUUAACUUUGCGCACAGGUAAAUGUCAAGCUCGUCAGCAACCUCCGAAAGUCGAUAAGACACACAGUAAAUUUUAAAGAGCUCAAUCCGAAUGUCAAUAAGAAACGGUUAAUCCAGAAGGUACUCAUAUUCACUUUAUAGCUUAAAGCUCGAUUCUUGAUGCUCUUCCGUUAGGCUGUUUUUGAUGAACUCGUCAAACUCGUCGACCCACACAGCGAACCGUUCAAGCCCAAGAAGGGUCGCUCCAAUGUCAUCAUGUUUGUCGGUCUCCAAGGAUCCGGUAAAACUACAACAUGUACGAAGCUCGCACGACACUACCAAGCACGAGGUUUCAAGGCCUGUCUUGUCUGCGCGGAUACUUUCCGAGCUGGAGCAUUUGACCAAUUGAAGCAGAACGCUACGAAGGCCAAAAUCCCCUACUACGGAUCAUACACCGAGACGGACCCUGUGAAGGUUUCGCGGGAGGGAGUGGAGAAGUUCAAGAAGGAGCGGUUCGAUAUCAUUAUUGUUGAUACGUCGGGAAGACAUCAGCAGGAGAAGGAGCUGUUUGCUGAGAUGGUGCAGAUCCAGCAGGCCGUCACGCCGCAUCAAACUAUCAUGGUAUUAGAUGCAUCUAUUGGGCAGGCGGCAGAGGCUCAGAGUAAGGCUUUCAAGGAGAGUGCGGAUUUUGGUGCUAUUAUUAUCACAAAGACGGAUGGCCAUGCGGCGGGUGGUGGUGCGAUAUCGGCAGUUGCUGCUACUAGGACACCAAUUGUGUUUAUUGGCACUGGAGAGCAUAUGUUGGAUCUCGAGCGAUUUGCGCCCCAAGCGUUUGUUUCCAAGCUGCUAGGGAUGGGUGAUAUGCAAGGUCUGGUAGAGCAUGUCCAGAGCCUAAAGCUGGAUCAGAAAGAUACAAUGAAGCAUAUCCAGGAAGGUAUAUUCACAGUUAGAGAUUUGAGAGAUCAACUCGGCAAUAUCAUGAAGAUGGGACCUCUGAGUAAAAUGGCUGGGAUGAUUCCCGGGUUAUCGCAGAUGAUGGGUGAUGUCGGUGAUGAGGAGGGAAGCAUGAAGCUGAAGAGAAUGAUGUGCACUCUCCCCCACUCGCCACCUCCCCCAGUUUAAGGAUCGGCUAACCGUCUAAAAGCUAUAUAAUGGACUCAAUGACUGAAAAAGAGCUCGACUCAGACGGGAAAUGUUUCACCAACCAACCAACCCGCAUGACACGCAUAGCCCACGGCUCAGGGACUUCCGUCCGUGAAGUAGAAGACGUUCUAACGCAGCACAGGAUGAUGGCCGGCAUGGCCAAAAAGAUGGGCAAAAACAUGGCCAAUAUGCAAAAGCAAGGCGUAGGCAUGAACGGACCCAACAAGCAGCAGCAAUUAGCCGCGAUGCAGCGGAGAAUGCAGAGCAUGGGAGGGGGUCUGGGGGGACCUGGCGGUGGGAAUAUGGCGGAAAUGAUGAAGGCGCUUGGUGGCAUGCCCGGCACGGGAGGCGCCGGCGGUGGCGGGAACCCAUUUGCGGGAAUGGAUAUGGCGAAGAUGAUGCAGCAGUUUGGCGGAAUGAUGGGCGGUGGUGGGGGUAUGCCAGAUCUUGCCAGUAUGAUGGGUGGUAUGGGUGGUAUGGGUGGUAUGGGCAGUGGCGGGAGAGGCCGUGCUGGGAGAAGGUAGACUGCAUCAAUCAAAGUCUGUUUUUCUCUCUCUUUCCUUUCUUUCUCACAUUCGUAAAUACCAAAGGUUAUGGGCUUGGGAUGGAUGGAAGCAUCUUUUGCUCUGCGAAAAGUUUAGGCACUUCCUCGCGAAUAUGUUUUUGGUUUUUACGUUUGUCAACUUACUGACCGGGGAUUCUCUCGCGGGUACCUACCAAGCUACUUCGUGCUCGGGGGUAAGGUAUCUACUGUAAUUUAAGGGGUUGGUCAAAAGGCCGAAGGGGUAGCUUCAAGAUUUUCAAAUCAUACCUUAUCACUCGACAUUUUCCUUACUUCUAUAUACUUUCCCUCUUAAUGAGAAAUUUCUCUAUGCUCCACCUAACCAAGUGUCCGCCUGCUCCCCACAGG